AUGGGCGAAAAACUGACGGAUUCUAAAGAGAAUCCUGAAACUGUCGUGUUGGAUUGCGGCGACACAGAGAUUUCUAAUCAGUGUUGCGAGUGCUCUCUACUAGCCCCUAGGAAAAAAGCUCUAGAACCAAAUGUUCAUUGGAGAUGUUCCGGUGUGGAUAAUCGUUAUGGUGUUCGUAACCGUUGCAGCCGUUGGUCAAAAUACAGUUUCGCCUGGGAAUUGGAACAAAAGCCAUUUUGUGAAGUAGUAUUAAUUAAUACUUUGGAUCAAAAGUGUUCCUCGGAAACUGACACUGGUCGUUUUGCCGUUUGUUCAAGAUUUGGCCAACAACAUUGGACGCAUAAUAUCUGUAGACAGCUCAACAGUGGCCAGUGUUCGCAUUGCCACUGCAUAGAAGCUGAUGCAUUUCAGCUUCACUCUGUAGAAGAUUUGGAGGAGGUUUUAUGUUUAGUAAGUCUGUGUAAUUCCGUCGAAAGGGCCCAGUUUGAAGCAGCUUUCUCAUCUGUUACUGGCGAGACCGUUUCAAACAAGAACGUUCUUCAUGUUCAUGAGGAAGAGAAGAGUAGUGCCGAGUGCCUACUAAAAACCGUUUAUUUUGUGUUUCAAGAGGAAGAGGAGCAGUUGAUGGGAUUACAGUGGCAUAUUCGGUUAAUAUUGGAGAAUCAAUGUUUUUUAUCUCUCAUGGUUUUGUUACAGAAAGAUAAUUGUGAAGAUCUCACUCUCUUAUUUUAUGCACUUUCUCAUCAUUUCUGGGAUGUCGUUGUGACCUUAUUAGGUUAUGGAUCUAAAGAGAAGUUUGGUGGGACUUGUAUACUCCACAAAGCAUUUACUGAAUUGGGUGCUGAAGCGUUAUUUGCACUUGUAAACAAUGGAAUGAGUUUGUGCGAAGUGGAUGGUUCUGGUCAAUGUAUUUUACAUCUUUUAGCCAAUAGUCAGGGCAGUGAAAGUGAUGAAUGCUACAUCAGAAUGGUUGUUGAGAAAUUUCCGUUUGGUGAUAAAAUUUUGGACUUGCAAGAUUGCUCGAAGUGCUGCCCUUUGGAAGUCGCUUAUCGAGCGAAAAAUUGGUUUAUGAUUGAAUGUUUGCUAAGAAAGGGAGCUUCGUUACCUACUGAUUCGUUCCUUGAUAGUCUUCCAGACUGUUUGUUUUGGAUGGUCGAGUUUUACAAAAGGGAGUGCGAACCAAAGAAAAGAUUCUCUCUCCCUCGUGUCGUUAUUGAUAGUCCAUCUCAUAAGUCAAGUGAUUUUGAAACUUAUCAAGCCAUAUUUCAUUGGGAAUGUUAUCUUGCCAUUUGUCUGGAAGAUUUUAGAGACCUAAGUAAAGGUAAGGAAGGUAUUGCUGUUCCUGUAGAAAAUAGUAACUUUGACGACGUCGUGAUCGAGGAGGACUUUACUUAUCUGUCAGCUGCUCUCUGCUGCUCUUCCUCCUCUAAAAAAUGCGACUUUUCUCUGGCUUGCAACUGCGUUUCGGAUUGCAAUGAAGUUUGUUCCUGUGGAUGGCAGUGUGUUUAUGACACAAAUGGACGUCUCUUAGAUGAAUUAGUAAAUGGCGCCGAGGAUGGUACUGCGGGGAUUGUAAUGGAGUGUGGUCCUCUUUGCCCCUGUUCGUCGAAUUGCGGUUCUAGAGUCGCUCAAAAAGGAAUGAAGAUCCAACUGCGGGUUAUUCGUUCUACUAGAUAUGGCUGGGCGGUAAGAACUGAUGUGAAAAUUUUAAAAGGGCAGUUCGUGUGCGAGUAUAUUGGAGAAUUCAUUACUGCGACAGAAAUGGAAGUUCGGGCCGACGACUCAUAUUUUUUUGAGGUUCAGGAUGAUGCGAGUGUGUAUUAUAUCGAUGCGAAGAGGUGUGGGAAUGUUUCCCGGUUUUUCAACCACAGUUGCGAAGCGAACUUAAUCGCCCUUCAUUUCGUUUGGGACGUUUAUGUUGAGCAUGUUCCUCAUAUAUGUUUCUUUGCUAAACGUGAUAUUGACAAGGUUACACAAGUCACUUGA